AUUAUUUACAAGCCUUAAUUAGAUAUUUGCCUAGCUCUUUAAAAAUUCUUAGCUUACUUGAUAUUUAUAAUUAUUAUUAUAAAAACUUAAAUUGUUUUUUACAAGAUUUUGAUAUAGAAAGAGUGAAAUUAGAAGUUUUUAUAUUACCUUUUAAUGUUGAGCUUGAUCAACUUCCAAAUUUAAGAAAAUUUAUUGAAAAGGCUAAAUAUUUAAAAUAUAUAGAAAUAGUGAAAUCAGAGAAUUACAACAUAGAAAAACAAAAAAGCAGUGAGAGAGAAAUAAUUAAUCUUUGUUAA